AUGGCAGUAUUUCAUAUAUUAUUGCUUAUUUUGACUGAAAAAACAGUUGCAAUCGAUGAAUUAAUUUUCGUACAAAUUGUUUGGCGACAUGGUGAUCGUGCUCCGAUAUUUGCAUAUCCAACCGAUAUUCAUCAGGAAGAAGCGUGGCAAUACGGUUGGGGUGAACUCACAGAGCUUGGAAUGAGGCAACAAUUCGCUCUUGGACGUCUCAUUCGACAGCGAUACAUUGCAAAAAAUUAUAAUUUCUUGUCGCAUAAUUAUAAACCCAAAGAAUUAUAUAUCAGAAGCACCGAUGUAAAUCGAACAUUAAUUAGUGCUAUGGCUAAUUUGGCUGGUAUGUAUCCCACGGGAAUACCUGGAAAAGACUAUCCAGAGAGUAAGCAAUGGCCAUCUCACUGGACACCCAUCCCUAUUCAUGCUGUCAACAAUGAAGAAGAUUUUGUAGGAAACGUUUUUUGUCGAUGUCCUCGUGCCGAUCAAUUAACAGCGCUUAUUCGUUGUAGCAAAUAUUAUCGAGAACUAGCUGAUGAAAAUAAGGAAUUUUUUGAUUAUGUGAGCGAAAAAAGUGGUAUGAAAGUGAAUUUGGAUAAUGUACACACCAUUAACGAUAUUCAUUAUGUCGAGAUGUUACAUAAUAUGUCGCAACCAUCCUGGAUAACCGACGAUAUUUCCAAAAAGUUGCGUAAUUUAUCAAUGAUUACCAGUAAAUUCAUAUAUGGUAUUUCAGUACCACAUAUACCGGAACUAACUAAACUUAGAGGAGGUAGCUUAUUGAAAUUUCUUCUGGAAAAUAUAAACGAGAAGAAGCGAUGUUUAUUGAAUCCAAAAAAUUCCAGCUGUUUAUGGAUUCUGCAGCGCAAAUAUUUCGCCCUUUCAGCUCAUGAUACAACAGUUGCCGCUUUGUUAGCUACACUUGCUGAUGAAAAAAUUUUGGAAAAAGAUUUACCACAAUAUACCGCUUCAGUUGCAAUAGAAUUAUGGAAUAAAACUGAUAUAGGACUUGCGAUACUCUUUCAUGAAGCAUUUCACUAUGAAUAUCGUGCAAUAACACGCUUUACGAAAGGAUGUCCAUUGGAUAGUGAUUUUUGUCCACUGAAUAUUUUCUUGAAGCGUUCAAAAAUUUUUCUACCUAAUGAUAUCAAGCAAGAAUGUUUGCCAAAAAAUGAAAUGAAUCGAUCAGUUUAUGAACUAUGUAAUAAUGCAUUUGUUUAA